CUCCUUUGUUGAGUGGGCGGAUGCAAGCGAAAUGAGUGCGGGAGCAUUCAUAUCGGCACCGACCACGAUCACACACACAUGCACCGCAGCCCCGUUCUACCACGCUCAGAGCCGCUGCCGGUCGCUACGCGCCACUCUCACGACAGCUACCCACCCCCUGCACACCCAUCAGCCGCCGUCUUGCCCUGAAGCAGCUCGUAAAACUUCCUCUGAGAUGCCCACGCACAAGGUCACACAGGCGCACCCAUGAGACCCUGUGUGCUCCGCGUGUCUCUGUGUGUUCACUCACCUGCCAUGCCGCCAGCCUUUCGGCUCUCGGUCGGCCUACUGCGGGUCUCGAUGGCGACAGGGCGUCACUCAACGCCUGCAUUGCCUCACUACUGGCAGAAUCGGCACCACCACGACGCUGCAGCCAAUGACACACACAUACACAUGAAGCCGAGAUUCAGAGCCCUCGGUGGCCGCCACCGCUCCCCUCCUCUCCUCCCCUCAUCACCUUUGGCUGAUAGAAUUUGCUUCUGAUGAGGUCAGGUGACCCCUUCCCAAUCUGGCUUUGGCCACCACCAUCAGGCGAGCCCUCCCCACUCAGACGGCUCGACGGGUCGACCGACGGCGACCACGACGAACGCAACCCUCCCCCUGUGUCCUCCUUUCGCCCGCCCGCCUUGGCGUGACCCCCUUCCACGCCCUUGGGGAACAGCGGCACCGACUCGGCAAAUGGAUCGGCCGGGGGAUCGCGAUGGGUGAGAGGGGGGCCCUUCCCCUCCCCCGGCUUGCUCUUGUGCUCAGGGGAGGCCGAAUAGAGCAGCGACGACCUGUGGGUCAGCGGGCGGGGCGAGAAGGGGUCACUGGGCUUCGACCCAUCAGCAGCACCACCUCGUGACACGGGGGGGCGCGCUCCGUGGUGUGUCGGCUCCUUGUGAAGGUGCUGGCGAGCUGAGAGCGCCAUGGAACCACCGACCCCACUACUGCUGCCGGACAGCUUCGCCAGUCCGCUGAGCCGUAGCCGAUUGAUCGACGGCCUCCCCUUGGAUGGCCGCAACACGCGCAGCACAGCCGCAGGGUCUCUGCUCUUGUCGUUGGCUGAUCUCUUGGCUCGCUGGGCCGCAGGCUUGAAGGUGGGGGAGUGGAAGUGGGUGAGCUUGGGGCUUAUGUCGUCCCGAUCGUCGACCAGCUCCUUCUGUGUCGAUGGAAGCGAUGAGUCGUCGGCCAGCUGCGCCGCUCCUCCGUCCCUCUGAUAGCGCACGGCAUAUGGCGACGGGUCCAUCGCGUCCUUCUCGGUCGCCACCACGACGCUGGCCCCCUUCUCCUCUUUCUCCUCCUCUGCAAUGGGCGGCAUGGGCUGCAAUGAGUCCCUCGACGACUUGCCGCUGUCCUCAUUCUUGGCCCCUGGAUGCUUCAGCUUGGCCGCCUUGGUGCGAGAGGGCGAUGGAUACAGCUCGUGGGCGAAUGGGUGGCCGGGCAGGGACCGCAGCGAUGUGGCGGACGGUGGCAGGGUGUUGUUGGAAGGGGAGGGGGGGGAGGUGCCGGCCUGACGUGUGGCGACAGGAGGGGAUAACUUAAGGCGGCGGCCGUCCUCUGUCUCUGUCUGGGUGGCGGUUUGUGUGGCGUGUGGGGGAGGGGGGUGCUUCUGUCUGAUGAGCUGGCGGGCCACGUGCAGGUCUUGGUGCAGCUGGAGGAUGGCCUCUUCAAGAGCCUCCUUCUCCUGCUGGGCGGCCUGCAGCAGACAAGCACAUCGCCCAACAUGUGGAAGUGUGUGAUCACACGUAUGCCGUGUGCGACCUCUGCCUGCUGGAGGGCCUCGGCCUGUUGUCUGUCGGCGAUCUCGCGGUGCUCGGCCGCGGCGCCCUCCAUGGCCUCCCUGAGCCGCUCCAUCUCUGACGUCACUUUUCUCAGCUCGCGAUCGCGCUCCGUCACACACCACUCGAGCCGCUCGUUGGCCGCCUCCAACACAUGCACCUGGCUGUGCGCUCGCUCAACGUCCUAAAACGACCAAAGUCCGGUGUACACAUUGCCCAUGUUGCCCGUGUGAAUGCUCUCACCUCGAUCAGCCUGCUACGCUGGUCUUCAUGGCUCAUCAGGAGCUGCUCCCUCUGGGCGCGUUGGUCGGCUAGGUCGGUGGUGAGGCGGGCGAGUGCGUCGGACGCUGUGACGGUCAUCCGGCUGCUGACGUCGGCCAGAGUACGGUAGAGGUGCACCUGUGCCGAGAGGCUGCGGUUGUGGGCCUCUGCCGCCUUGGUGGUGUUGCGGGCGAUGGCCAGCUGGUUGGUCAGGUCGUUCACCACCUUCUGGGUGUCACUCUCAGUCUGACACACACGAGCCACAACACCCAUGCAUACAGACAGACGGACACACAGGAAGUCACUACUCAUGGAUACAUACCCACCCCGACGUGUGUGCCUCACGUGCCUCACCUGUUGUAUCUGUUUGCGCAGCCUUGUGACCUCCUCGCGCCACUCGUCGCCCUCCCUAUAGCCGCUCUCCCUCACUCCCCUGCUAGUCACCCAACCCCCUCCAGCAUACGACGCCACCUGCCGCUCCCGGCUCGUCUGCGACGGUUCACGCGAGCCCGACUGCGAUGUGGGCGUGAGGCCCAAUGUGGCCAACACUAUGGGUCGAUCCGUCAUGGGGACGGGGCGGCGGUCGUGUUGCUGCUGGAGGGAUAUGGUUGAGAGGGGCAGACGGGGGACGGUGACGCGUUGUGGAGGGGAGGGGGAGGAGACUGGCGACUGGUAGCCGCUGCUAUGCUGCCCGGGGUGGUCGUCUGCGUCUGCGUCGGGGCCGGAGUGUCCGAGAAAGACUGUUGUGCGUGCAGGGGAGCCGCCGACGCGGCUGCCGUCAUCCUCCUCUACUUGGUCCUCCUCAUCCUCCCCCUCACCACGAGUGUGCUCAACGGCAUCCCUGCACACACACGUUAGUUAAACACACAGCCACACAGAGAUGACAUGCAGGCAGCGCCGCACCGCACCAUCAGUAACCAACCCAUGUGUGCCCGCUCCCCCACCACCCUCCCCCAGUCACUCACCCGGCAGCCGGCCCUUGAUCUUGAUGAGUCCCACCCCGGGGCGAGAAGAAUGGCGAGAGGCUCGACCCCGUGUAGGACUGGAUGGUCUCGUCGAUGUCGGCCUCCAAGUCGUCAAUGGCAGACGCAUGACCUGCCCGGCCCUCCUCUGCAUCUCCAUACCCACCACCAGCCGCCCUCUCGAGUAUCGUGGAUGAGCCGAUGUCCUGAUCCGUUGCAUGGUCAGCUUCAGCCGGUUCAUCUCUACUGCAGGGCGCCGGGACGACGUCCGUCUGUGUGGAUUCGCUCUGCUGACGGGAGCAUGGGGCGCUCUGCCGCUGCUGCUGCUGCUGCUGUCUGCGAUGAAUAACUGCUACGGCUCGCCUGCAUGAGGGCAGCACAGAACGCAACGGGACGCAUGAAAGGCUGUGAAAGGCAGAUCUGCCUGCCUGUCUGAGGCUAAGUGCGUGUUACAUACUUGAGUUUGUGUGCGAGUCCUUCGAAGCGGUCCAGCUGGUCGUUGCUCAGCUUCAUCAGGGCAUCAAACGCGGCAUCUCUGCUGCAGCCGCUGCCGCUGGGUUCUCCCAUUUCUCUGAAAACCAAUGCGAGCUGCGAUGCUGUGUUUUCCG